AUUUGAUCACUAUGUUCUUCUGUUCACUGUUCUUACAAUUUGUUUACAAAUUAUUUUGUCAUUCUGUAUUUUAGAAAAUGAAAUGUUCAAUUAAAGUGUAAAUAAUAAGUAAACUUUUAAUUAAAGCACCAUUAUGGUUGUUAUAAUUAAUCGUAGUCGAAGUUAAAGUUGGUGAAUGGUGACUAUAGAUUCUUUAGAGAACAAUAAAAUAGGUCAUAACUCAUAUCUGACCAUGACACCAGAAUUUAGAAGUUAAAUAAAUAAAAAGUAAUAAAUGAAAUAAUUUAAUUUGUACCAGAUCUGUUGAGCAACCAAUAAGUAGAUCUACCUGAAAUAAUUUGUAAGCAAUACUGGCAAAUAGCAUGGACCUUACACAAAGUAAAGAAGAGCACAUAUUAGCAGAUGGUGCUUAGACUAUCUAUAUUGGCAAUAUGGAUUUUGAUAUAGACAGUGGUUUAGUGAGCAGUGCUAUACCAUUACCAGCACAGUUCUGCAUGAUAUGUCUAGAUACCACUGAGAACUGUAAACUGUACCCAGUCCACAAAUAUAACCUGGCUGCGGAAUUUCAAAAACUGACCGGUAUUUCCCUACAGCUGCAAGGCGAUGUCCACUUUGUACCCCAGUUCUGCACAGAGUGUGCCCACAGGCUGGGCAACUGCAGCACAUUCCGAGACAAGAGUCUGAGGGCAUAUCGUUUGCUGCAGGAUUUGGUUAAGAAGCAUGAAACAUUAACAACACAAAACAUAAGGACUAUUGACCGAAAAGAAAACCAGUUAUCAUCCAAUAUUGGCAAGAAAAUAUACGAACCAGACUACUGCGACUUUCACCUAACAGAUAUAAAAAUUCAUUAUAACCCACAAAAAAAAGAUGUUAAAAAAGAAAGCGUAGUCUUAGAAGAUACUGAACCAAUCUUCAAUGUAAAAUGUGAGGUCGAAAUAUUUAAUAGUGACACUUUUGAUGGUGCCAUUAUCAUUUCAAAAGAUGACACUGAUAAUAAAAAAAAUCAGAGCGCCAUAAAAGAUCUAAAAAAUGAUACCGAAUCCAAAGAUCAUGACAUUGACAUCGACGUAUGUGACGAUACUGAUUAUUUAAACUAUGAUAUGGGAAAUGAAACAGAUCGAAAAAUUAAGAGAGAGAAAAUAAUCAAUAAGAAGCAAAUUAGAAAUAGUAGAACCAAAAUAAACACUGUUAAAGGAAGGAAGAAGCCAAUCAAAUCCGAACAUCGAGUUUUGAAAAAGAAACCUGUCCAAAAGGAUUCUGUAAAUGAGAAUAAAUUAAGCGAUAUUGUAGUCAAAAUAGUUAAGAAACGUGUUAGAAAGAAAAAACUUCCUCCCGGUACUAAAAGAGUUCCAAAAACUAAAUUAGACUUGAAACUGAUUGAAGAAAUAGAAUUAACCCAAGAACAACAAAUCGCUGAGAUUCUGAAAAGGCAAGCGUCGGAUAACUAUAAGAAUUCGUCGCACAAAUGUAAUAUUUGCUAUAAAGGGUACUACCAUCUGGAGGCUUACAACGCACAUAUGGAUAGACAUACGGAUAAAUUCGGCCUAUUCGAGUGCGAUGUGUGCCGGCUUCGAUUCAAAAGCAAAUUCACCCUCAAGAAGCAUAUGUACAAUCACCGCGUUAUAUAUAAAUGUACCAAGUGUCAGUUUGUCUCAAACCAUAGAACUGCGGUAGUACAUCACGAACGAUGGCACGACGGGAAGAUAUAUAAAUGUACACAUUGCGAAGAAAAAUUCACUAAAUGCACCUCACUGAUGUCCCAUAUUCGUAUAAAGCACCCUUCAGACUACGUAUGCACUCAGUGCGGUUUCUCUUUCAUCGGUGAGAGAGGACUACAUCUGCAUAUGCGUAAGAAACACAGCUUCGUUGAUACCCAGAACUUAGCUGGUCCGUUGUGUGAACCGUGCAACAUUCGCUUCGCGUCCGGGGAAGCGUACUUACAACACAUGCAGGCGUCGCCCAAACACGCGCCAGUCGGCCAACUCAGGCCCAACUGUCCCAACCAGAAGAAAAUGAACAAAAAAAUGUCCAUCGAUUGCGAACAGUGUGGUGUCAAGUUGGAAAGCCUUCGCCAGUACAGUAUGCAUUUCAAAGCUGAGCACCCGGACAAGGUCCGCACCCAGUUCCCGAAAGACAAAGUAACACUCGAGAGCAACGUGAUGUGCGAAAAGUGUGGAAAGACUUUCACGGCGCCAGUGUACCUCCGGGACCACAUGCAGAAGCACACCGGCAUCAAACUGUACAAGUGUGACAUAUGUGAUAAGAGCUUCAUGCAAAAGAGCACGCUGACGAACCACAUUCACAGGCACAGCGACAAUCUCGCGUGUGACGUGUGCCACAAGCCUUUCUCCAACGCGGCCAACCUGCAGCGACACAUGGUGUCCCAUCAAGCGGUGAGGCCGUAUUACAAGUGCGACUUCUGCGGGAAGUCCUACACGAGCAUCCCCGGGCGCGACUUGCACGUGGCGCACGUGCACCUCAACGUGCCGUGGCCCAAGCGCGUCCGCGGGAAGCGCUCCAGGGCCAAGGCGAGGCGGUACAGCGUCACCAGCGACUCGUUGGACUAGACCCUCAACAGGGCCUGAGAGCCCUCUUAAAGUGCAAGAGACGGGUCUGCCCGCGAAAUCACAUCACACUAAUAUUAUAAAGGCGAAAGUUUGUAUGUGUGUGUGUGUGUGUAUGUUUG